GGGUCUCACACCAUCCAGAGGAUGUAUGGCUGCGACGUGGGGUCGGACGGGCGCCUCCUCCGCGGGUACCUUCAGUUCGCCUACGAUGGCGCCGAUUACUUCGCCCUGAACGAGGACCUGCGCUCCUGGACCGCGGCGGACACGGCCGCUCAGAUCACGCAGCGCAAGUGGGAAAAGGCGGGUGCGGCGGAUCACUGGAGGGCCUACCUGGAGGGCAGGUGUGUGGAGUGGCUCCGCAGAUACCUGGAGAACGGGAAGGAGACGCUGCUGCGAACAGUGCCUCCAAAGACAAAGGUGACCCAUCACCACCUCACUGAUGGCGAGGUCACACUGAGGUGCUGGGCCCUGGGCUUCUACCCUGCGGAGAUCACCCUGACCUGGCAGCGGGACGGGGAGGACCAGACCCAGGACAUGGAGCUUGUGGAGACCAGGCCAGCAGAGGACGGGGCCUUCCAGAAGUGGGCAGCUGUGGUGGUUCCCUCUGGAGACGAGCAGAGAUACACAUGCCGUGUGCAGCACGAAGGACUGCCUGAGCCCCUCACCCUAAGAUUGGAAAUGCCCACCACCUCCAUCAUGGGAAUCAUUGCUGGCCUGGUUGUCUUUGGAGUUGUGAUCAUUGGCAUUGUGGUGGGAGUUGUGAUCCGGAAGCAGAAGAGCUCAGGUAGAAAAGGAGGGAAUUAUGCUCAAGCUGCAAGCAGCGACAGUGCUCAGGGCUCUGAUGUGUCUCUCACGGUCACUAAUGGUAAGACCCUGUGGACCAGAUAA